ACAGCAGCUUUCUUUUCUGCUUGGCUGCAUAUGAACUGAAAGAAACUGAUUAAGAUUGCAGAAAAAAAAGGUACUCUAAAGAGUGAGCCAGCUGAGAGGCUUUAUUCCUUACUAUAGCAUUACCAACCACAGUUGCCGAAGCGGCAGGAGCGGAAGAAGAAGGGAAAUCCAAUGAUUAAUGGGUUCUUUUCUUUGAAUUCUUUUCCACAGUUGCAGCAGCGGGACCACCUGUUUGACUUUUCACUGCUGUACGAUAACUUUGGGACCAUGAAUCAGACAGACGCUGUGGUUUUGCUCGCCAACAGCAGCAAUGCUCUAGGGGACCUACUGGGAUGUUGCACCCAAGCUUCGGUGGUAACAGACGACGGCUUCCUGGAGCCCGCCGCGGAUGAAAAGAACCUAUUUAUCAUGAGGGUGGUUCAGAUCGCAGUCAUGUGCGUCCUGUCCCUCACCGUGGUGUUUGGAAUCUUCUUUUUAGGCUGCAACCUUCUCAUCAAGUCCGAAGGGAUGAUAAACUUUUUGGUCAAAGAACGAAGACCGUCCAAAGAAGUUGAGGCAGUAAUUGUCGGUCCUUACUGAGGGAACCAUGAAAGAAUAUCGUCAAUGUCUUAAAAUGUCUGAAGCAACACGUUUUGCCUUUUGUUUCUCUGUCCCGUUUGUCGAAGGAACAAAAAGGAACAUGAAGAUGAAGAGGAGUUUUUCUUUUUUUUUUUUCCGGAUGAUGGAUACGAAGAGGGAAAAGAGAAAAAAGGCUCAAGAAGUUGCUAUUUGAUCAAAUCCCUGAUGGAACGCCAGGAGCGAUGCUAAAAAAAACUGAUCCAACAGCACUUUACAAGGAGGGGGAACGUAGGUCGAGGCACCGUUUAUCUCCAAAGCACUUGUGAGAGUGUAACGUACGGUGGUGUAAAGCACAGAUACAUGAGUUUACUUUGUUUCUAGCUUGAAACCGGAGAUAUUUCAGUACUUUGAUUGUAAUAUUUUUUUUAUUUUAGUUUUUUAUGACUGCGGCUGUUCUUUGUUUCUUUGUUUUUUUUUUUUCUUCUUUCAAACACAAAAGCUUUCGUAUCUUCGAAAAACUGGUGGCAUUAUUUAAUAUUGCUGUUCCUUUUUGGAAACUUAAAAAAUUGUAUUUGACUGUUAUUUCUGUAUUUUACGUUGUUCUUGCUUAUUUUUUUUAAAAAAAAGGAAACUGUGAAUGUUUACUAUCUUUCUUAUAUGCCAUUUUAUAUACUCAAUAUUGUACUUAGUCCCUUUUUUUUAUUUAUUUUUUUAUUUGCUUUUCCCUUGGAUUUGACGGUCUUUUUAAUCCACAAUAGAUCAGAGAGGUUUCUUUAAUUUAAGAUGUUUUUUUUUUUUUUUUUAUUUGCUUCCUGCUGGGAAUGAGUUAAAGUAAGUAGCUGAUGACUCAGAAUACAAUGACAGACCCCAUAAAGUAUAAAACAUUCGAAAAUAAUCAAAUCGGGAAAAAAUUUUAUGCAUUAAAAUAAUUUUCACCUUUUAUUUAAAAGUGAUAUUCUAUGCUGUGCAUGCCUAUAUACAGAAAAUAUACAGAAAACUGCCUUGGAUUAAUGAUGAGUAUUUUAUUAUUGUUUUUUUUGUUUUCUUUUAGUACUUUUGUGUAGUGUUCUGUGACGUUAAAUGCCUUUUAUUACUAAUAACAGAUUUACUGAUUUCAAUAUUGCCUAUUCAUAAUGUUUUUAUUUUUUUAUUUAUUUUUUGGAUGUUAUAAGUGAAGACUUUAGUGGUUUAUAAUGUUAAUUUAAUUCAUUUUACCAUCUGAGCCAGCUGUCACUUUGUUUUCUAAAUUUGAAUAUGAGGAAAAAUGUAAGAAAAAAAAAGUCAUGUUUCUUUAAUGGCUCAAUUUCCAUCUGGAUACCCGAGAUGGGGGAAAGAAGCGAAUUGAGUAUUAUAAACAGUUAAGGGAGCAGGUGCAAUUUAGAGACGACAGAACGCCAAAUACUGGGAGGGGGAGGGGAGCUUAGUGUAUUUUAUGUUAGAUAUUUCUAUCUUAAGAACUGACACCUUGUAAAAAUUUUAAAGAAUUUUUUUUUUUUUUUUAAAGCAGAAAAAAAAAAUGAAUCACCUUUUGUACGCAUGUGAUUUAUUCGAUCACACGUGUAAAGUCCUCAAGGGCCGUGAAAAGUACACCUUUAAAUCUGUAAUUCAAAUGAUAUUCAGACAUGACAAAAGUUGACUUGUUUAGUCUGAACAGGGACCCAGCACAGAGCUAUCCAGGCAGGAACCUACUGUAAUAGAUGUACUGGUCCUGACAUGUGACAGAUGGAACAAUUAAUAGGUCAUUCUGAUUCAAUGCCUUUGUAUAAGGCCACAGUACAAUAAUGCAAACAUGGGGACAUGAAUAAUUGACUUGAAGUAUGUAACCGAUGAGCAUGUGUUAAGAGUCAUUUCUUUUUUUAUAUAUACAAUGGACAUAUUGUAUAUAUACAAUGGACAUAGAGGCAUUAUACUUUUACACUUUGACAUUUCAUAAAUAAAUUAUUGGUAAAGUCAAUGUUGUGCUGG